AGGACGAAAAUAAGAUAAGAGUGGCAUUGAGAAAACCUUCUGGUCGAGUCUCACACUUCUCUCUCUCUCUCUCUCUCUCUCUCUCUCUCUCUCCGUGUAGCUGGUGAAGAUGAAGAAGGAGCUUCUCGCUUCUGCCCCAUGGAGGGACGUAGGGAAACCCGAAAAAUUCCGAGACGCAAAGCUUAAAGCUACCAACCAGCCCGGAACGACUCCUACGAUGUACGUUCCUCGCAAGAAAUCAAAUUCCUCCACCACCGAAGACGAUGAAUCUCUCUCCGAGCUUGAUCCUGAGCUCAGAUACAGCUUCCAGAGGAACUUUCAGUUUCUUCAACGAGUUUUUAGCAUCGACACUGUUGUGAAGCCUCUUCCUCCUGCAAUGGCAUAUAAUGUUUCCCGCAACCUCAGCUUUUUCACUCGCAUUUUCACUCAGUUCUUUGAAUGCAUAGGCAAUGCCCCUCCAAUGCCUUGGAUUGCCUAGUCGCCAUGACAACUAUGCUCCUAUGUCCUAACCAUGUUAGCCAACGUAUCCGCUACCCUGCAAGGUGGCCGCGGGGGGGAGGGGUGGUGGAGAGGAGGAUCUGAAGCAUCUGUUAUAGUCACAUUUUUCAGUGAACUCUCUCUUCUGAUGGAUGAUAACAGCCUCUUCCAACAGCACAACUGUGGAUUACAACAUAUAGCAUGAUUAUCAUAUGAUACUGCUUAUUCGUCAAUUUUAAAUUCAUCUAAUCAGGGUUAUUUUUAGUUUUUGUGGCUGUGUUCCAGUCAUGUACAAUAAAGCACUGUAGUCAAUUCGUAUCAUGUCACUCUAUUGUUUGUAUUCUUCACAGAAGCGUUAUGCCAAGUCCAUAGAAUGUGCCAAACAGGCCUGAAAUAGUCUGUAGAGUAUACAUAUGGUUUCCAUCACAUCAUUGGUCAGAUAACUACUCUUCAAGAUGUUUGAACAUAUUAUAUUUGCAGAGUUGAUAUACACGACCAUGAUUAUUCA